AUGAUUGACCAGUUUGCUGUUUUCACGCCUUUGGGUAACCUUCUUUAUGGUUAUAACUCUUUGAACAAGAAGUUCUCUGAAUCUCAGAUCAACCGGUUCGUUGAUGAGUUUAUCAGUCAACCAGUCAAGAAUGUGACAUCCAAAUAUCCGAUUCUAUCUACUGCUGAUAGUAGUUUUAUGUACUAUGAGUCAAAACAACCUCAUCUUUUUUUUGUUGUUUCGUUUGCGUCUGCGGAAUCUAUGCAAUUAACUAGUGAAGCCGAAUCUUUGCUUUCUGUUGCUACUAAACUAUGGGAAUCACUAGAUCUCGAUAAAAUCAUCUUAGACAACCUUUCUGGAAAAGGCAAGAAGAAUGUCCACAACUUUAGAUUUGUGACGGAGGAUGCCGAUGAAAAGCUAGCCAAGUUUGGAACGUAUUUUGAAGUUAAGUACAAUGAGAUGAAGAAAGUUCCACAGCAAAAGGGUAAGAAACAGAAGGGCUCACAAAACUAUAAUCAAAACCAAAACCAAAGCCAGGCAGUUUCUAAAUCUAAGAAUGCUAACCAAAGUAAGAAAGAUUCAAAGGGUAGUACUAAUAGUGGUAAAAAUUCAAAGUCCAGAAAAUGGGGUAUGGAUGGAUCCUUGGAGGAGACCGGAAUAAUGGACCCAUCCCUCGACUUCUCCGAGUCAAACGAAAAAGAUAUUUCUCCAGCACUGGCAAGUGAUUUAGAAACUGAUCUACAAAAUAGUGCUCAGUUUGGUAAAGAAAAUGAUAAGGGUGAGUUUUUGAUCAGCGAAAUUGAUGAACUUCUUGCCUCUAACAAACAGAAAUCCAAAUCCAAGGAUACCUCGUCCUCACCUUUUUCAUUCUUACAAAAGCAUAUCUUGGGUAACAAGACUAUAUCUGAAAAUGAUUUAGUUGCAGUGUUGGAUAAGUUAAAGCAGAAAUUAAUCUCCAAAAAUGUUGCACCCGAAGUUGCAGACUAUCUAUGCAAUCAGGUUUCAAAGGACUUGGUUGGAUCUAAAACUGAAAACUGGACGAGUGUUGACCAAACAGCUAGAAUGUCAUUACAAAAAUGUCUAUCCUCUAUCUUGACUCCAAGUGUCUCGGUCGAUUUGCUUCAUGAAAUUCAACAAAAGAUCAAUAAAAAAGACUCUAAUGGUUUAAAUGAUCCAUACGUGUUCUCCGUCGUUGGUGUCAAUGGUGUAGGAAAAUCAACUAAUCUUUCGAAACUCGCAUUUUGGCUCUUGAAAAAUAAUUUGAGAGUACUUAUUGUAGCUUGUGACACUUUUAGGUCCGGCGCUGUAGAGCAACUUCGAGUCCAUGUAGAGAACUUAGCCCAAUUAACAGAUGAAAAUCAUGUAAGAGGAUCAAAAAAUAGGAGAGGUAAAACAGGUAAUGAACAUGUCGAACUUUUCGAAGGUGGUUAUGGUGGUUCUAAUCUUGUCACGAAGAUAGCGAAACAAGCAAUCAAAUAUGCUAAAACUGAACAUUUUGACGUAGUUUUGAUGGAUACUGCUGGAAGAAGACACAACGAUGCUACCUUGAUGUCUCCGUUGAAAUCAUUCGCAGAACAAGCCAAUCCGGACAAAAUUAUUAUGGUGGGCGAAGCUUUAGUUGGGACUGAUUCUGUUCAACAAGCUAAUAACUUUAAUCAAGCAUUUGGGAAAGAUAGAAAUCUAGAUUUCUUCAUUAUAUCUAAAUGUGACACCGUAGGGGAACUGUUAGGGACGAUGGUUAAUAUGGUGUACGCUACAAGUAUACCGAUCUUGUUCAUUGGAGUUGGUCAGACCUACACUGAUCUCAGAACGUUAAGUGUUGAAUGGGCAGUUAAUAGUUUAUUGUCCUAA